AUGGCGACGAACAACCAAGCCGACGGUUCAACGGGCGCAGUUCAGUAUCUAAACCACCACCAAGCACCUGAGAUCGCCCAGCGACCCAAUCUCGAUGUCCCCGUCAACGUCGACUACAACAUGCAACGGUUCCUGAACCCGCACCUCCACGCCGAUGAUCGAACCCUGAGACCUCCUCCACAAUACUCACCCUCCCCCUCCUCCCCCACGCCGCUGACCGAGGACGAGUCACGCAGUCGCAUGACUGCCAUCCUGGGUCCCAUCAUGUUGAACUUGGCGCCUAAGCAGAAUUGA